AUGCAGACGAACUGCGUUGAGAUGCUCCUGGACGGUGUUCACUUGCCACCACGGCUAGUGGCUGCUUCCCUCCGCUGCGUCAUACACACUCUCCUUAUGCUGCGUCUCCCGCAUGGCGAAGCCGUAGAGGGGGGACGGCGACGGGAGUCAGAGAGACAGCCAAAGGGUUCAAAGGGUGCCCCAUUAUCACUUGGUGGCUCCAUCAGCAAAGGACCUUCCGGGUUAAAGCCGUUGCAACGAGCAGUCGCAGUAGCGGCGGGCUGUACAACGCCAGCAGAAAUGGCAGUGGCAGAAAGAUCCCUGCCCAUGGGGAAAGAUGAUCAUCAACAGGAAGGAAACAUCUUCAGUCACUCUUAUGGAAGCCAGCACGCCGAUCUACCCUCGCUGACACGGGGGUGUACAGCAAUCCAGGAAGCUAGGCUGAGGAGCAGGAUGACCUCAACGCGGCCUAUAACCGACAUCUCCGGCAGCCACUGCAGUAAAUGCGGGCAGGGGGGCUGCCUCUGUGCUGGAAGCGGCACAAAUAGCAACAGUGUUAGCUGCCGUUGCUCUAACGGAUUUGUGACAGGAGAGACACCGGAUUUGCGCUUGCACGCGCAUGCAUCCCCCCCCUUGUCUGUGAUGUACCUAAGGGUCUGCGAGGCGCCACAGCUGACUGAAGAAGUCGAACAGAAGCUGCGCACAUUCAUAGGGAUCGUUGAGAGUGGCGCGACUAUCCAGCAGCGGCGGAACUCUCGGCAGCAGCAGCAGCGGCGGCACCAGCAACAGGUGUAUACAAUGGCGAUAGUGCUGUACGUGCAUCGAGCGAGGGCUUUCGGGUUCCUUCCCUCCUCUAUUGAGCGCGUAUCCUUUGAGCGGUGGCUACUCCCGAUUUCCAUUUGCUGGUGUACCCAAAGUUGCAUGCGCUGCUGCCGCAGUAGCGGCAGCAGCAGGCAGAGUUCGAGGCAUCGAAACAACACCAGUUGCUGCUGCGACACGACGGAGUGCUGCCAGAUGAGGAGUGCAGGCGUGAGGAACACGUGCAGCGCCGCAGCAGAAGAGCACGAAGGCAGAGGGAUGUCUGAUCUCGAACACAGCAAAAUGCAGUCAGCGCACCAGCAUCAGCAGCAGCAACAGUUUGCGGAGUGUCUGGCGUGGGAGUUGCAGCAGCAGCAGGAUGCGGAGAAGGCGGUGCGGCGCGUCCUGUUUGCAAUCGUCGAGAUGGCAACCGCCAGGCAGUUCCACUUGCCGCCCCCCAGUGCCAGCCUGCAACGAUACGGUUACGACGUGAGCAUCAGCAGCAACAUGGGGUCUCUUCUAGGCGAAUGGGCUCUACAGCUGCCACAGGCCGUCCGUUUCUUCUGA